AUGUACAAAGAAUCGAUGGCUAACGGCUUUGCGGCCACUGUCCUCUUCAUGAUAUUUCUCUUCUUAUUAGCAAGACAUAUUCGUCGAAUGCGUACGUCUGCUAUUCAUCAUCACGAGGAAAGUGUUGCUACCAUAGAGAAUGGGGACCGUAGAAUGAGAUUAGACAAUUUGCCUCCAGCUUACUCAAUGCCUCCUCCACCAACUUAUCAGGAAGCUCUGAAGAUGGGAAUGGAAGCCAAGUACUAA